AUGCCUUCUGUGCUGUUUGUCUGCCUUGGAAACAUCUGCAGGUCCCCGCUGGCGGAGGCCGUCUUUGCCGACAUGGUGAAGAAGCGCGGAUUUGGCGACGACUUCACGGUGGACUCGGCAGGAACGGCAGGUUUCCAUGUCGGAGAGGAGCCAGACGAGCGAUCAGUGGAGGUCUGCCGAAGACACGGUGUACCCGUCAACUCGGUGUGCAGGCAAUUCGAGAAAGCCGACUUUACUCGCUUCGACUACAUCAUCGGCAUGGACUCGAUGAACAUGAGCAACAUCGAGAAGGCGAAGCCGGCAAACUCGACGGCGAAGAUCGCGCUCUUUGGCUCGUUUGGCGAUGGGAAAGUCAUCCAGGACCCUUAUUACGGCGGCAAGGACGGCUUCGAGAAGACAUACAAGCAAUGCGUACGGUACUCGGAGGGUUUGCUGAAAGCGAUGGGGUACGACGAUGCGAGCGGUGGGAAACUGUAG